UCAAAUUUCUUGAAACUCUUAUUCUCGCGGGUUGUUCGAGACUUGAGAAAUUGCUAGGUGACUGGGAGGAACGGCAAAGUUCAGUAAACCUGAUGGCAAGUCGAACUUAUAGAAGAGUCAUCAUUCUACCUCCGACGCUAAGAAUUCUUCACUUGGGGCAUUGCAAGAGGUUUCAAGAAAUUCUAAAGCUUCCUUCAAGUAUCCAAGAAGUAGAUGCAUACAACUGCAUUUCUAUGGGAACUUUAUCGUGGAACACCAGACUAGGAGCAUCCAUUUUACAGAGGAUCAAGAUUAAUCCGGAAUCUGCAUUUUCUAUCGUUCUUCCUGGGAAUACAAUUCCAGACUGUUGGGUCACCCAUAAGGUGACGGGAUCUUCAGUGACUUUGAAGCUGAAAAAUCCUGAUCGUUACAACGAUGACUUCUUGGGAUUUACCGUGUGCCUUGUUUUUGCACCACAGGCUGAAAGGCCUCAGCUAAAUCCUGAAAUCUUGUGUGAAUUGAAGAAUUUCACAUUUUUCUACUGUUGUGGCGAGGACAGUGUAGAUGAAUUUCCAGAGUCAGAUCAAGAAUGGGGCAACAACAGUACAGAUCACGUGUGGUUGGCAUACCGACCACAUGCUCGAGCUGAUAGAUGUCAUCCUAAAGAAUGGAAUCAUAUUAAGGCUUCAUUUGAAGUCUUUGACUGUGUGGUGAAAAAGUGUGCUAUUCGCCUUAUAUACAAGUAGUGUUUGGGUAAGAAACCCUGUGAAAAUGGAAUUUAUGGCUCAUACUCCGUUGAUAACUCCAUUAUUCAUGAUAUUUCAUCCAGCUUCCAAAACUUUUGGAUUGUUUGAUUUGAAUGUUCCAAAAUAUCCAUAUAAACUCCUUUCUAAGAAAGUCUGUUUAUCUGUGGAUAUCACCUUUGUUUCUCUCCACCAAUUUAUAAAGAUUGAUUCAUCUGAAA